AGUCGGCCAUUUUGUUCCUCGUGAGUGAAAAGUUACGAAGUUGGGCUCAUGUGUAUUUAAUCAUUAAAAAACAUUUACCAUGAAUCCUGAGAAGCUACAAAGGUUACAGGCACAAGCUGCCCAAGUGCGAAUAGGUGGCAAGGGGUCUGCCAGGAGGAAGAAGAAGGUUGUACAUAGAACAGCAACAAAUGAUGACAAAAAACUUCAAGGUUCACUCAAGAAAUUAGGCGUAAAUAAUAUACCUGGUAUAGAGGAGGUUAAUAUGAUAAAAGAUGACGGCACGGUGAUACACUUCAAUAAUCCUAAAGUUCAGGCUUCUCUUGCUGCAAACACAUUUGCAAUUUCUGGUCAAGCCGAGACAAAACAAUUAGCGGAGAUGCUCCCAGGAAUCCUUAAUCAAUUGGGUGCCGAUAGCUUGAGUAAUAUCCGCAAACUAGCUGAAAAACUGCCAGUGCAGGAAACUGCUGAAAGAAUAUUACAUCCUUCAGAUGACAUAGAUGAAGACGAUGAAGAUGUGCCAGAUUUGGUUGAAAAUUUUGACGCACCAUCAAAAGAAGAGGCAUAGAAGAGAGAGGGGUUGUCUUUGAUUCGUGGGGAGGGGGCUUAUUGUAUGACUGGGAGGGGCAGUAUGGUAAACUUAUUUUGUAGAAAGUGUUUUUGUUUUGUACAGCUUAAAAGAAAUCUCAAUUCCGAUGACAUUGUUAAUGUCGCGUCGUAAAUUUGACAUUCAAUUUGAGUAUCAAGAGUACCUAUUAUGUUGAAAUAUUAUCAAUUCUCCUGGGCACAAAUUGUGUAUUGGGUAUAUGGGUUCAUUGUAAAGAAUGUCUGCCUGUACUGUUCACAAUAAAUUGAAUGAACCAAUGAUGGUAA